AUGACUCCUCGUCUUUUAAAGGCGUUCCCAGACCGGUACAACACAACAAUUACAUCUGGAAAAAUAUUACUUCAGAAAGAUCUGGCUACCCUAAUGAUCGUGUGUAACAAUAAAAUACCCAUCUCUUUAAUGGACAAAAGGGAAUAUUUUACAGAACUUCUUGAGAAUCAGCAAAAGCAAGUUACUGCAAGUGAUUUAAACUUCGACGCUCGCACGGCAAGUACUUCUCAAAUCAAUAUUAACACUCACAUUUCUUCGCCAGUAAGUAAGAAAGCAAAGCGUCAUAAAACGAAAACAGUAGCAAUGCCAGUGGAAAUCUCGUCUUCGGACGACCAUUCUACUGACAGUUCUGAUACCAGCAGCGACGACAGUGAAUCAUUCGACGAAGGAAAGCGAUCAAAAUCUCGGCGCACAAAAAAAACAUCGCCGUAA